GGCGGCGAGGCAGCUGCCACGGGUUUGUGCCCAGGGACAGGGAGCCUCGCUGACCCGGAGGACGCACGGACUGACGGACGGACGCAGAGGACCGGCCCCGAGCCCCCGCGCCAUGGCAGAGAGGAAGCAGUCCGGGAAGGCGGCAGAGGACGAAGAGGUCCCUGCCUUUUUUAAAAACCUGGGUUCCGGCAGCCCCAAACCCCGGCAGAAAUUUUGUGGCAUGUUCUGCCCGGUGGAAGGGUCCUCGGAGAACAAGACCAUCGACUUCGACUCGCUGUCGGUGGGCCGGGGCUCAGGGCAAGUGGUGGCUCAGCAGCGGGACGUGGCCCACCUGGGGCCCGACCCGCAGUCGCCCUACUCCCGUCAGGGCCGGCGGCCCGGCGAAGAGCCAUCUGUUGAAUCCAGCCGGAAGGUGGAGAUCCGGCGGGCCUCGGGCAAGGAAGCUCUGCAGAACAUCUAUGACCAGGCCCCGCCCGGAACGCGGCUCCGCAUCUGCACGCGCCCUCCCCGCGCGCCCCUCUCGCAGGGUGCGGCGAGGCUCACGGUGGGCGGCCGUGCGCCCACAAAGGCUGCCCGCGACUCCCUGGGCUUGGGAGCUGGGGGCUCGGAGCGCGCAGUGGAGGGGUUGCGGGAAGGCCCGCGGGCUCCCUGGGGGUCGGGAGGGGCUGGGGUUCCGAGGGUCGCUCGCAGUCCCACCUCCUCCGGUACUGCCCGCUCUCGCAUCUUGAGCUCGGAGGUCAGGACCACGGCCAGCGCCUCCCGGACGCCUUGA